AUGUCCACGGCUUACGACUUUAACGAUAACAUGUUGGACUUCGAGGAUACCGAUUUGUUUUUAUCGGCUAUACUGUCGUCCGUCCCUGCUAUGGACAAGUUGUCAAACCCUUAUGACAUAGACCAGAAUGGCUUGGCUGGUUUCCCUUUCACCGAGUCUUCGGGCUUCAUAGGCAACCCAAAUAACAGUCUCAAUAUCAAUCCUGAUCCAAGUGAAACUUCUUCCGAUGCCGUGUCGGUAAACAGUUCGUCUCCUUCCACUGACCGCUCCUUGUUCCCUUCCAAUAACCAGAAACAACGUUCCUCAUUCAGCUCAGCGUCGUAUUCAGAGCUGGUGGCCUCCUCAGCCUCCAAUGAAGGCACUCCAAAUACCUCCGUGCUGUCUCCCCAUACCCUGCCAGAAGGAAUGCCCGACCAUGAACACAAGACGAAACCAAUCAAUUACUCCAAUACCUACGUCAAGACGGAAUCAAAGGAUACUCCCGAAGCCAGCCCUGUUGCUCCUCCAAAAUCAAAGGCUUCUGCUAAAGACAAGGUCUCCAAGCCGGGAAAGCGCCCUAAGGUGUCCCAUAACAUGAUUGAAAAGAAGUACAGAACUAACAUUAAUACCAAGAUCUACGAGCUUCGGGACGCCGUGCCAACUUUGAAGAUUGCGGCUGGAAAAGCCAACGUUCUGCUUUCUGACUUGGAAGGUUUGGCACCUGCUGCCAAACUCAACAAGGCUUCUGUCUUGACAAAAGCAACAGAGUACAUUAAGCACUUGGAGAAGAAGAACGACACAAUGUUGUCCCAGAUUGCCCAGUUGCAACAGCUUAUAGGCGAGGCAAAUGCCAACCCUCCUAAUGUAAUGCCUAACCAGCCAUUGAGAGUGGAUGAGCGCCAACCCAACAUGGGCAUGCAAAACAACUAUGACGGUCAAUUCUCCGGAGGCUUUGGCUUUGCUCCCGAGAACAAUUACAAUACGACAGUGAACCAGUACGAUAUGCAAUCGGUUCCGCCACAGUUUGCUCAACAAGUCGGUCAACAAGAAGGAUACCAGCCAUAUAAUUCUAAUUGGAUGAUGGGAGGAUUUGCUGCAGUGAUGGGAUCUUCAGUACUUUCCAAUGAAAACUUUAAGGGGUUGGCAGCGUUACCAUUUAUGCCUUCAUUCUUGACCCAUCCAUCUCCAGCAACGUUGCAGUUACUCAGUAUCUUCAGAUUUGGCCUUUUUGUCUUUGGUAUCUACCUUAUGAUAUCGCCUAUCGUCAAUUUUAUCAAGAGACCAAGAGAUCCUAAGGCUCCAGUGGAGAGUCAAUGGGGUACUUGGCUCUUAGUUUCUUUGGGCUUACAGGUUCCUAAACCACUUUCCCAGAAAGAUAAGGAUCGCAUUCUCGCCCUCUUGAAUGGUGGAUGCCCUGAACCUUGGAGCUGGUUGAAAGAAUACGCCAUUUUAUGUUCUAGCGAGGUCACGUUCGAGACUUGCUUCUUGACCGUACUCGUCGGAACCAUAAUCACCACUCAGUUACCAAUCUUUUCCAAGUUGAUUGGACAAAGUCUUAAGACAAGAGCUGCUUUAUUACGCAAGCUUGAUACUGAUGACGAAGAUGCUGCAUUGAAGAAAUUAAGCCACUUGAUAAAGUCGACUGAUGGUGCUUCUUUAUUUGCUUCUGAAGAGCUCAUAACACGCGUUCUCAACCUCUCAGCAAAGAAGAACAUCCUCGCUGGAGUCAAAGGUGGAGAAAACUCUCUCGCUUAUGUUGAAGUAUACAAGCGUAACACAAAGGACGUCUACGCUAUAAUAUUUGGAUGGAGAGUGCUCGAUCUUUUGCACGAACUCAGUCUUUCUUACUUGGACUUUUUGACUUUAAAGCACAAGGAUGAGGGCACGAAGUCAGCUGAAAGAAGCUUGGAGUCUGAGAUUGAUGCUAUUGGCCAGCUACUUGAUAACUACGAGGAAGAGAGCCUCAAGCUGUAUUACUUGGCGUUGAAGUGUCUUAUACAUCCAGCCAGCACCCCUACUUUGGUGAAUGCGAUGAAAGAAAGCAUCAUGAAGACAAUGCUGAAUGUUAAUUCAUACUUUGAUGGUCAAGAUCUCACUGAUGUCGAGUCUUUGCUUGACAGUGAAACUGAAUCCCUGGAGGAAUCUUCAGAUGAGACGGAGACAGCAGAAGGCGUCCUUGAGCCAAAGAUAACCGAGACUGUCAAGACCCAAAAGUCUCUCGUUUACUCAUUGAACUUGGUGAACGAGGAAAAAUUCAUCGUCUUGGCCACUUCUUCAAUUCUUUUCUAUUUGCACAAGGAAGAUGACAAUGAAAACCUGAGGCAUUUAUUGAGACAUUUGAAAUUUAAGAGUGACGAGUUCCCAUUGUCAACACUCUCAUUUGCUUGUUUGAUGAAAGUGGUUUGUGGUAUGCUUGAAACAGGUGAAAACGAUCAAAGGAUUUCUUUGAGUGUGGAGGAAUCUGAAAUUCUAGAACUGUUGGUUAAGGCCAUGAGAGGAUGGCUCAAUGACGAUCGGAAAAACAAGUUCCUUGACCAUUCUUUCAGAAGCGAUUUGACCGACUUAGUUAUGACGAAGGGUAUGCUCCUUCAUAAUAUGUGA